AUGGUGAUCCGUCCUCGCCAGCAUAUCGACAAGGCAAGGCUGGAAGAAAGCCAAAAAGAAACUGGUGACAGCCAAAAAGAAACUGGUGACAGCGGAAUGUGA